CCUGAUACGCAGAGAGAAGUCACACAACUCAGUUGGGAAGAUUCCAAAGACUCGUGAUUUUAUUCUAGGUUGAGUCUUGGAGAAAGUUGUGACAUAGCAAGUUGAUAUUCGAAUGUUAUUUAUUUCCAACAUUGGUUAUUCUGAGCUUUUCUUUUCAAAUCACACAAUGUAAAGUAGAGACCAUAAACCAUCAUUUGGGUUUAUGUAUGUAUGACUUUGGUACUGAACUGAUAGGACCAAUGACGCAUCAAACGUUGGUUUCAUGCCAAGGGAUGUGUUCGCUCAGAUUCUCUGCCCAUUGAUGUGAUAACGCUGGCGUCAACAGUUCUUUUAAAUAUUUUGAGGCGGAUCCGUCAGCUGGAGGAAGGCAUUUCUUUCGGAAUUUGCGCAGCAUUAGAAUGAGAUUCGAGCUGGGGAGCUAGAGUCGUUCCAAAUGGAAUUACAAAUCAAAUGGAUUGAUUGAGACCCUAAAAUCGACAUUGUUUGUCAAAAAGAUUUGACUGCCGCCAUGGCUGACAUGGAAGUGUCUCUCUCCCCUGCCCAGAUCGAGGCACUUUACCUCAGCCCCUCGCUGUCCUCCACCUCCACAUUUUCCUGCCCUUCCUCACCUGGAUCCUCUUCUUCCUCGUUCUCCUGCUCAGACUGCUCCUCGGACUGCCCCAACCAGCACCAGUCGUCUUCCAGUCCCAGAAGCUCCAGCCCCAGUGGCUGCAGCAGCAGCGACAGCGAUGGCAUGCGGGGCUGCAGCCCUCCUCUGGACAUCAUAUCUGAGGACGCUGUGGUGCUGGACCUGGUCAUCAAUCCCGAAGUGGCCUUGAAGGCUUGCCAGGAGGUCCUGCAGAAGGUCAAACUCCUGAAGGUUGAGGAAGAACCGGAGUUGUUGCAAAAGUGCAGCCCACAAUGGCGGCUGCCCAAAGAGACCGUAUACGUGGAGCCUUGCAACACGGGUUCCACUAAAGAGGAAGAACGAUGUUAUUCUCCUCAACAAAUAACGCAGAAAUGCCCUCCGUCACAACAGCCUUGUGACACAGGUUCGAUUAAAGAGGAGGAGGAAGAAGAAAAGCGUGACCCUCCCCGACAAAUUACGCAGACAUGCCCUCAGUCGCAACAACAGAAUGGCGACCAGUCCUCUGCGGCGGCCAAGCAGUCCUUGCUUUUGCGGCUCUUUGAAUCGAAGCUCUUCGACGUCUCCAUGGCCAUGUCCUACCUGUACAAGUCCAAAGAGCCCGGUGUCCAGGCCUACAUUGGCAACCGCCUCUUCAGCUUCUCAGACGAAGACGUGGACUUCCACCUGCCCCAGCUGCUCAACAUGUACGUCCACAUGGACGAGGAUAUGGGCGACGCCAUCCGGCCCUAUGUGGUGCACCGCUGCCGCCAGAGCAUUGCCUUCUCCCUGCAGACGGCAUGGCUGCUCGGCGCCUACUCCUCCGACAUGCACAUCUCUACCCAGCGCCACUCUCGCGGCACCAAGCUGCGCAAGCUAAUCCUCUCAGAUGAAUUAAAGCCCCAUGCAGCUUCUAAAGGUGUGGGUGCUGCGGAUGCCAGGCCUGGCCUGCGGGUCGGUGCCCGCAUUCACCACCACCAGCGGCACACCAUGAAGCCGUCCCUGGCCCCCGACAGCCAAAUCAACCCCGCCCAUGCCUACCUCUCGCCUUCCAAGCGGACACACCAGCGAUCCAAGUCAGACGCCACGCAUUGCACGAGCCUGGUGACUAGCCUGAAGAGAACAGCCAGCAACCCCAAGGUGGAAAGCGGCUACGAUGAGCCGCUGCGCCUGACGCCGCAGAGGGAGUUCAUCAAGUCUCUGAUAAGCAUCGGAAAGCAGCUGGCCACACUGCCCACCAAGGAGCAGAAGACCUGGCAGCUCAUCUCAGAGCUGUCACAGCUCAACCACAAGCUGCCCGCCCGCGUCUGGCUGCCCACUGCAGCCUUCGACCACCACGUGGUGCGCAUGCCCCACACACAGGCCGUGGUGCUCAACUCCAAAGACAAGGCCCCAUACAUCAUCUACGUGGAGGUGCUGGAGUGCGAGAGGUUCGAGACAUCCGGCAUUCCCCUGCGCAUCCCAGAGACGCGCAUCCGCAGUGCCCGCUCUGCGGACAACCUCCUCCCGGAGUGCAUUGGCAUCACAGCCGAGCAGCGCGCCGUCAGCUUCUCCACUGUGCCCAACUACGACAACGACGACGAGGCCUGGUCCGUGGAUGACAUUGGCGAGCUGGAAGUGGAGCUCCCAGAAGGCCACACCAGUAGCAGUGACAACAUUUCCCAGUUCUCUGUGGACAGCAUCACCAGCACGGAGAGCAAGGAGCCUGUCUUCAUCGCCGCCGGCGACAUCAGGCGACGUCUGUCAGAGAACCUGGCCCACACCCCCACAACGUUCCGGAAAGAUCCAGAGGACCCGUCCGCUGUGGCGCUCAAGGAGCCCUGGAAGGAGAAAGUCAGGCGGAUAAGGGAGGGCUCCCCUUACGGUCACCUGCCAAACUGGCGGCUGCUGUCAGUCAUCGUGAAGUGUGGGGACGACCUGAGGCAAGAGCUACUGGCCUUCCAGGUGCUCAGCCAGCUACAGUCCAUCUGGGAGCAGGAGCGCGUCCCCCUGUGGAUCAAGCCCUAUAAGAUCCUGGUGAUGUCAUCAGACAGCGGGAUGAUUGAGCCUGUGCUGAACGCUGUGUCUCUGCACCAGGUGAGGAAGCAGAGCCAGCUGUCUCUGCUGGAUUACUUCCUGCAGGAGCAUGGCAGUUAUACCAACGAGGCCUUCCUCACCGCCCGGCGCAACUUUGUGGAGAGCUGCGCCGGCUACAGUCUCAUCUGCUACCUGCUGCAGGUUAAAGACAGACACAAUGGAAACAUCCUCCUAGACUCGGAGGGCCACAUCAUCCACAUUGACUUUGGCUUCAUCCUGUCCAGCUCUCCCAGGAACCUGGGCUUUGAGACCUCUGCUUUUAAGCUCACCAGCGAAUUUGUGGAUGUGAUGGGAGGCCUGGAUGAAGACAUGUUCAACUACUACAAGGUGCUGAUGCUCCAGGGCCUGAUAGCUGCUCGCAAACACAUGGAGAAAGUGGUCCAAAUAGUGGAGAUCAUGCAGCAAGGCUCUCACCUGCCCUGCUUCCAUGGCUCCAGCACCAUCCGCCACCUGAAGGAGCGUUUCCACAUGAGCCUGACGGAGGAGCAGCUACAGGUGCUGGUGGAGCAGAUGGUGGAUGGCUCCAUGCGCUCCAUCACCACCAAGCUUUACGACGGCUUCCAGUACUUCACCAACGGCAUCAUGUGAACAGUUCCACACCGAACUCUACCACAUGGGACAACCACAUGUGCGAGCAAGCGAACAUGCAUAUAAAGAUGGUGGUAACCUGUGCAUAUGGACUCACGCAUGUGUGCUUGCUAUAGCAGCACAUUUAGGAAAAUGGACUCUUGUAUAGACAAGUGCAACAAGGUCCUGUUUGCGAACUAUGUAUGUUCUUUGUCUUAGACGGACCUCUGUUUUCCCCCUCCUUGUUUUGGCCUUGUGGAGGGGGGAGUCCGCACCUUCUCUCCCUCUUGUCCUCCUAUCCAUAGGACUUUUAGCGCAUUGACUGUUCUAAAACGAGGCAUAACGCACAUUUCAAAUCACACACGAAAAGGAUUAAGUAUCAAUAUCGGAGGAGGUACUUCAUUGAAAAGGGGGAGGGGCAACACUGGAGAGGGAGUGGUCUAUAUUCAGAGGAGCCAAGAAGACUUUUAUCAGAAUGGAUGGAAGACGAAUAACUGUGGACCAAUUGUGCAAGAGCGUCACAAAGCAGUGCAUAUUGAAUAUAUUGACUUAUUUUUGUUCUUAGAGAGCAAAAUGGACUUUGAGAAGCCACUGUGUAACGACAAAGAAAGCACAAGACAUAUCAUUUGCGGAGGUUUUCUAAUGGACAUUUUCUUUGUUCUCUGAAAAUUCCUAUGGUUAUCAAGAAUGAGCCAGCCCGAAGAGAGGGGGGAAAAAGGACUAUUAAAAACCAUUGGUGUAUGAGUGUUAUCUGUCAGGGAAAACAACUCCUUAAUCCAAGGUUUAAUGCAUUUUGAACAAUGUUUAAACUGGAAAGUUGUGAACUAGGACCAACUCAUCUCUUAUUAGGGGUCCAAGCAUAUGCAGCAAAGCUGCUGGUUGUAUGUGUUUUUGUUCCCAUCCUUGAUAACAGGUGCAGUUUCAUUUCAAUCUGGGUUUUGGACAACUGGGGCUCGUUCAGUAGAGCACAUCUGUAACACAUUUAGUGUUAUAGAUAGAAAUACCAUAAAAUAGAAAGUUCUUUAUCUCAGUUCUCCAUGGACUCUUGUCCGUACUGAAUAAGCAUCACAGACUAUCAGGAAAGGGCAGAAUGUUUUACCAUUUAAUAUGCCGACUGUGUUAUACCAACAUGCAUCAUGUAGAACUUUACUUUGCUUGUUUCACUCUUUAAACCACCAUACUUGAAGGAACGCUAGCAUAGUGAUGAGCCUCAUGCACUUAUGUUGAACCAAAAUGGCUACCUGUGGUUAAAUUUAUGCAAACACUCAACAUUGAUGUUCCACUAAUUUCUAACGAAAUGUGAUUAUUAAUGCAUUAUUGUUGUAUGGUUUGUUAACUUAGGUUGCAUAUUUAAAGAAUGCUCAACACUUUCCUCUCUGGUUGGCUCAGAUGCAUUCCUGUGAAUAACUCUGGCAGAUCUAGAGCGAGGGUUGUCCUUGAGCAGAUUAUGUAAAUAAUGGGAGUGAUUUCUCAUUCCUGUCCGUUUGUCUUGGUCUGUUUUAUUUCUCCUUUUGUUUUGAACAGUAUGAGCUCACUAUCACAAGUCAACUUCCUUCAUGUGAAUUUUUUUAUUAUACUCUACUAAACUUUUUUUUUUCUUUUUUUCCUUGCGGUCUCAAACACACAUGUAUUGAAGAGAGUGGUUUCAAGAGCUACAUGCUUGGAUAGCCUAUAACUUAUAUUACCUGCUCAUGUUUGAAAGCUGAGUCGUUGGUGGGGGGGCUUUUGUGUGUAGCAAAAGUGACAACUUUUCUCUCAUGCAGUCAUUCCUGUGAGAGAACCGAUGCCUUGACGUAUGAGCGGUACAACUUUUAUCAAUGCAACAGUUGGGACAAGGGCAUGCAGGUCAUGUACCCAGGAAGUGCUUUUAUCAGAAGUUUAACACUCCCGCUUACUCUUCUCUAAACACUACUACUGCAUUGCUUUUUCCUUCAUUAAUUCCAACCCUAACCUUAUUCUAUAAAGUGCAUUUUAUCUUUGCUGGAGCGGGUGCUGUCCGUCAAACCUUUUGUGUUGAUUUUGAUGCCUCCCCAUUGAGAAGCAGAAUUUUGUCCUUGUCCAGUGUCACACCAGGUACAUGCUUGUCCAGUGUCACACCAGGUACAUGCUUGUCCAUUCAGAUGACACUGAGGCCAAGGGCUAAAUUCAGUGCAGAACGAUGUUCAGACUGCUCCAGAUAGAAAUGUAUUGUAUAGAUCACUUGUUUUCAAAUAGAAAGUGAUGUCUGCUCUAUAUGAAUGUUUGCCUUCUAAGUUCUGAACAUUGUGCCCUCCUGAAAGAGACAUGGGUUUUAUACAGAAUUGGUCCACACCAAGCAAAGCAUUUUUUCCAGGAAUUAACUAUGGUUGAUAUGGAGUGCCUUUGUUCUUGAUACUAAAGACAUUUAGAAUGUACAGGGGAAGCAAUUGUCCACUUUACAUUGUAUCAAAACACUUAAGCUUCCUGAUUGUUUAACUUUUCAUUUGUGGUUGAGACUAAAUGCAUGACUCAUUCAAUAAAUCAAAUUGUUUUUUAA